AUGCUGCCACCAUCUACCUGUCGACAAUGUCUGCGACAGACACAAGCGCAUAUACGACUUGCAUCAUCGUCAAUGCGAGCAAACCCUUCAGUCCGAUCACAUCGCCAAUUGUCCACGAAUUCCAAUCUCCGUUCCUCAGCUACCCCGAGCAAUAACCCCCUCCGAUCUCCCUCUGCUGCAUCACGAAAGAGCAACACCAACAAAAACCAAGUGCCAGAUGAAGCUGCUAUCGCACACUACAGACGUCGCAUGGCGCUGUCAGCGGCCGGCAUGGUCAUAUGCGCUCUAACCAUGUACGCGACCAUCAAGUCUAACGCCUUCGGCUUACCGGAAGACAACCCGAAACCAGAACAAGGAGUGAAAGAAGAAAAACACCAAGUCACUGAUGAAGGCAACGGUGCUAUCAAGCUCGACGGUCCGGCCGAAUUCCCGAGCAGUCCAUCGGUAAUCCGCGUCCAAGGGCAAGACGGCGCCGAGCAGGUCGAGACGGGUAACAGCUCAGUACCUUUGUUCCCGACGACGAUCAGACUGCCCAAAGAUUUGAGUGGCAUGCCAUUGACGCCUGGUCAAGACUUGCCUGUUCCACCCGAGUCCGAAGAGGAGUAUCAGUUGCUCGGACUCGGAAUUCGGUCCGUGUCUUUCCUUUCCAUCCAGGUGUAUGUUGUCGGUAUCUACGUCGCCAAGUCGGACAUUGGGGUACUGCAAAAACGAUUGAUUGAGACCGGAGUGCAAGCACCGAUAUCUUCAGCUGCGUCGUCUGCUUCGGCGACUCUGAACCUGGCAAGUCAGACUGGCACUGGUGCUGUAUCUGCAACAUCUCUCGUCUCCACGGAACGAGACGCACUGAAGAAAUUGUUGCUUGACCCGGAAAAUGGCGAGGAGGCAUGGACAUCGAUAUUGAAGGAAGGUAACAUACGCACUGCAGUGCGCAUCGUGCCGACUCGCAAUACCGACUUCAUGCAUCUACGAGAUGCAUGGGUGCGACAUAUGACGAACCGAGCACAGAAAGAUCUGGCGAGGAUUAAGGAACUCUCGAAGACCAUUGAUCAACAGUCUCAGCCUCUGCCACGCAGCGAAUUCGACGACGAGGUCUUUGGUCAGGCAGUCGGUGAAUUCAAGACACUACUCGGUGGCGGAUCUCGCAAGAACAUCCCUAAGGGCCAGGUUCUACUGUUGUUGCGCGACCAGAAUGGUGCUCUUGAUGCGAUUUUUCAGCGUGAUCCCAAGGAGCCUAUUCAAUGGCUUGGGCGGGUUGCUGAUGAGCGGGUUAGUCGCUGCGUUUGGUUGAAUUAUCUGGCUGGUAAGCAGGUUGCAAGCGAGCCUGCGAGACAGAGUGUUGUAGAGGGUGUGAUGGGAAUUGUAGAGAGGCCUGUGGGCACUGUGAUUCAGAAGGUUGUUUGA